CUUUGUGCUUCACAGCAGAGACUCAUUUUGUGACUCAGGCGUGCUUAGCACCUCUUCUUCUCCAGAAAUUGACCACCUGAUAAUGAGAACAUGUCAAGAGCGUGCCAGAAAAGUCAGCCACCAAGAUCCAGAGAGCGAAAAGCAAGCUGAGUACUACAGCCAGGAGGCAGAUGCUGUGCAGGGUCCUACAGCUUCCCUCGAAGACUUAAGUGUCCCUCAGGAAGAAAGUCCCAAUGAACAUUUUGACCAGAGUGAAAGGCAAUCUCUGGAAAAGGAACCUACCCCAGAGACGGACCUUCCCAGGGAAAGCACUCUUCCCACCCCAGGUCCCAUAGAAGAGCCAAAGACAAUUGCUGACAAUUUCCCAGAGAACUUUGGCAGCGUGCAAGACCUUCAGAUCCAUGGACAUCAGCUGAAGAAGUACCCCACAAGCGACAGUCUGGAUGAAUACAUGGAUGAAUGCUGUAGACUGAGUGAGGUGAACCAAGGUAACAGCAAAGCCCUGGGAUCUGGUCUGGGAUACCUGGAACACAUUUGCCAACUGAUUGAGAAGAUUGGGCAGCUGCAGGAGCACAACCUGCGUCUCCAAAAGCAAGUGUGCAGCUUGCAGAAAGAGCAGAAGAUGAGCCAGAUAAGAGAGGAGUACCUUCUGCAGCAUUGCUCCUGUGGAGCUGCCAGCGUCUUCCUCAAUUCGUACCAGGACGUGAAGAUGUUUUUUGCUGGGAGGAGCAGACCUCACAGCGUCUUGGUUCAGACUGGAAACCCUUCUGAUCUUUCCAUCAUCCCAGAAAUAGGAGCGAACACUGAAAAGCUGAGCAGCUGCAAUGGAAGUGAGAGAUACCCGGAAUCAGGAAACAGCCAGCCGAUGGUGGGGCUCAGGAAGUCGUCAAACAAUAGGAACAACAAGGAGAAUGAGUUCAGAGAAGCUGGUAGUAUGGCUGAGGGACAGGCUUUUCCAUCAAAGGACCCUGCAGUGAGAAAGGGUCUGGAUGUCAGCAAGAACAUCUCGGGUGAGAGCCAUGCUUGGGGGAGAAUGAGAGAUCUUAUGAGGAAGACACGGCUGAGAAACCAGAACAAGCUGGGGCUGUCCUCCGCUGCUCUGAAGAGGUCCUGCCCACAAUUGUACAGGCCAGAUAUUAUGUCUUCAGAGCUGAGGAAAACUGAGAGGAACUCCAUGAUUGUUCUGGGGCAAAAUACAAAGAAUGAAAACAUAUGGCCUUUCUGAUAACCCAAGUCAAAUGGAACAAGGUAAAAUAAGUAAAGCAGCAUGUAAAGGCAAAGUGGGAACACCAAUGGACACAAAACCAAGAACCCCGUGGUUACUUUGUGCAACCUGCAUCCUACAGUUGUCAACAGAGCAACUCCGAUAUGAU